AGUAACUGUAAACAAUAAUAAAAUUCGUUUUAAAAAAAAGAAAGAAAACAAUCAAGUGCAUACGCCGGUGUUAUCAGCUGCUAGUUUUACAUAUCUUGUGAAAAUGACGUCUAGUGUUUCUAAAUUUUUUGAAUUUAUGAGACUCAUCGGGCAACUCAAACAAGUGAAACGAACUGGAUGGGUGAGGAAGAAUGUAAAGGACCCUGAAAGUGUUAGUGACCAUAUGUACAGAAUGGCAAUGAUAGCUUUUGCUAUACCUUCAAACAGUGGACUUGAUAGAGACAAGUGUAUUAAGAUAGCUUUGGUCCAUGACAUGUCGGAGAGUAUUGUUGGAGAUUUAACUCCCUGGUGUGGGGUCAGCAAGGAGGAUAAGAGCUGCAGAGAGAAGACAGCCACAUCUCAUAUUUCAAGUCUUAUAUCUGAGGAGGCAGGCAAGGAGAUGUACCAGCUUUGGAUGGAGUAUGAAAACCAGUCUAGCCCUGAAGCCAUCUUUGUUAAAGACCUGGACAAAUUUGAGAUGUUGUUUCAAGCCUAUGAGUAUGAAAACUUACACAAUAGACCAAAAAGUUUGCAAGAAUUUUUUGAUCAUACUAAUGCAAAACACACUUUCUCCACAAAACUUGUGGAUGGGUGGUGUAAACAGCUGGAGAUGGAGAGGGAGCUAAAACAGAGCAAAAGUGAUGCCACUCAAAGCUCAGCUGAGCUAAAACAGAGCAAAAGUGAUGCCACUCAGAGCUCAGCUGAGCUAAAACAGAGCAAAAGUGACGCCACUAAAAGCGCAGUCUCUCUAGGAAAAGAGAAGCUAGAUAGAUCAUCCCCACUGAUUAAAAAAAGGAAAGUAGAUCCAGUCCCUGAGGAAAAAGUAUAAUAUUCUGCGCUCAAGUCUAGUCUUGUAAAUAAAUUGUCUUAAUAAAUACAUUUAUUAUAUCGUCAAAUUAGAAUUGCCAAAUUCUAAAUGAUGUAAUGUAUGUCUUUUUUUUAAAAGAAAAAUACUUUUAAUUCAAGGGUAAAUUACCAUGUUGACAGAAUAGUGCCAAUUAUAUGAUUGUUGUAGCAAUUGAGUUGAACACAACUUUAUGGAUGUAAUGAUUGAUUGUUGGAAAUUGAGUAGUACCUAACUAUUGACAUAAUGAUUGAUUGUUAGCAAUGUGAGUAGAAUACAACUUUGUGGACAUAAUGAUUGAUUGUUGGCAAUGUGAGUAGAAUACAACUUUGUGGACAUAAUGAUUGAUUAUUAGCAAUGUCAGUAGAAUACAACUUUGUGGACAUAAUGAUUGAUUAUUAGCAAUGUGAGUAGAAUACAACUUUGUGGACAUAAUGAUUGAUUGUUGGCCAUGUGAGUAGAAUACAACUUUGUGGACAUAAUGAUUGAUUGUUGGAUAUAUGAGCUUGGUGAUGGUCAGCUGAUUGAUAAUUUUAUUCAAACAUCUUAAGGUUAGAGUAUACUUGUCAGAACACUGCUUCCAGAAUCUCAGGAAACCAUUGGACUCAUUUGUUUGAUUGACUUUGUUAAUAUAUUUUAAUGAAUAUUCUUUAUAAGUCAAGAUUUAUUAUUUUCUAUACACUUAUGUUUGACAUUUUAAAUAUGGGCAUUGAUUUUAUGACAGUCAUAGUUUCUUGCAAAUUAUAUUGUGCAAGAGAUGACUUUAAAUAUCUGGUAAUAAGUACAGGACAAUUGUCUAAAACUGAA